AUGAAAAGUUUAGUAGCCCUAGCACUAAUCUUUGUCAUUAUCCCUGCGGUUCCUGGAAAGAGUGACUUCUUGAAUAGAAUGCUUUAUAACGGAUUAAAACCCAAAAGUUGCUUAGAGAUCAAAUAUAUCAGACCAUCAAUCAAAGAAAAUGGCGUUUAUACUAUAUUUAACGAAAGAAAUUCCCCUUAUCAUGUUUAUUGCGAUUUUAAAAGUGAUGCUCUAUUUGUAUGGACACUCAUUGAAUCAUUUGAUCGCAAUAUUGGAGUUUGGGGCUCCAAGGUGUCGAACGCUUGGCGUUCCCAACGUCCGUAUUAUAUCAAUGCUCCCUAUGAUGAUACUGAACCUCCACAUUGGUCAGUUUAUAGAAUGACAGCGCCAAAUAUGCUAACUAUUAGCAAACUUAACACUACAAGUCACUGGAGAACAACGUGCAAUUUUAAUGACUACGCUCAGAAUAUAACGAAAGAUAUCGAACGUAAUGAUUAUAUGCGUAACAAUAUGGUCAAUGCCAAUAUAGUCCUUAUUCGUCAAUACUAUUGCCGAAAUUUCAAUUAUGUGAUCGUUCGAGGCUAUGCUUGUGUCAAAUGCUAUCUCCCAUUUUGGGCAAGUACUAAUUAUCAUCCAACAUUUUUAGCAUCUCAUUCGGUUAAUUACUGUGGGCGCUAUAAAUUUCCAGAUUCCAGUCCAUCACAUCAAGAAUCAGACUUUGGUCAUUAUAAAGGUUAUAGCACCAAGCACGCAUGUUCUUCAUUUGGAUCAUCGACUGCUAAUUGGUGGUUAGGAGGUCUUUAUCAGUCUCUAACUAAUACUAUGUUAUAA